GCAGGAAAUCGGGAGGCGCGAAGCGUUCUUCGUUGGACGGAGCGCUGGCUGGGCUGCGCAUGCGCUGAUCAAGAGGGCGGGGCGUUGUGGGUGCUUUGUGCGCCUGCGCGACGGAGGCUGGGCUUGAGCGCGGAGUGCGCCUGCGCGAGAGAGAGCAAAGGAAGGGAGCAGCCGAGGGAGCGCACUGCGCACGCGCAGAAGGAAUCUGAGGCAGAAACAACGUGAGGCGGGCUGAGGAGAAGGAAAGGGCUGCUUCUCUCCUCUUCCCCGGCUGGCCUGAGGGAUGAUCGAGAUGGCGGCCGACAAGGACGCCUUCCGAGUCCCGGCCCCGCCUCCCCCGCUGCCUAAACCCCCUCCGAAGGGGCCUACCACCUGUGGAGCCGGGGACUUGCCUAGAAAUGCAGCCGGGAAAGGAGGCCCCAUGGCGGGGAAGGCCCAAGGGAGCCGUGGAGGUGGGGAUGGAGGCCUCACAGACCCCCAACGAGGAGUGGAGGCCUCUGUGGAGGAGGGAGAGCUCCACAAGCCUCGUAAUGGCUUCCAGGCCCCUCCACAACCACAACAACCACAACAGAGGCCCAACAAGAGGCGCAACAGCUGCAAUGUCGGUGGAGGAGGAGGGGGUUUCAAGCACCCCGCUUUCAAGCGCCGCCGGAGGGUCAACUCCGAGUGCGACCCGGUCCUCCCGUCUGAGUUCCUCCUCGGCGGGAACAUCUUCGACCCGCUCAACCUCAACAGCCUCCUGGACGAGGAGGUCAACCAGGCCCUCAACGCCGAGACCCCCAAGUCGUCGCCGCUGCCGGCCAAAGGCCGCGACCCCGUGGAGAUCCUCAUCCCCAAGGAUAUCACUGACCCGUUGAGUCUCAACAACGCCCAGGAGGACCCUCCCGUCUUGGCUUCACCCGCCAAACGCAAGCGGCACCGGCACCGAGGGGCGCAGAGAGGGGGCAGCACCGACGGAGCGGGGACCAAGGCUCCCGCGACACCCGCCGCCACCGCCUCGGCUUCCUGCCAGAAGUCCAAGCCCUGCAACGGGGCCACCCCCCAGCCGUACGAACUCAACACCGUCAUCAACUGCAGGGAUGAGGUGGUCUCGCCGCUGCUUCCUGCCGGACACGGGGAGCCCCAGCCCAGCCACCAAGGGGUUUCCACCGGAGGGGGCGUCACCCCCUCCUGCGUCUCUGUGGCAUCGUCCGCCAGCACCGGGAGCCGGCACCACCGCAAGCGGCGCAGGACUUGUAGCAAAUCCGAAGUGGCGGCCGCGCGGCAUCAGGGGCCUUCCUCGGCCUUGGAACAGCCUUCCCGGAGCAGCCCAGAGAGAGCCCGCAGCGCCCCCCGCUCUCGCCACGCGCCCCCCGCCUCCGCCCGCCGACAGCCCCGGCACAAGUUCCAGUACGGCAACUACUGCAAGUACUACGGAUACCGCAACCCCGACUGUGAGGACGCCCGGCUGCGGGUGAUGAAGCCGGAGUGGUUCCAAGGUAAAGAGGUGCUGGACGUGGGCUGCAACGUGGGACACUUCACCCUGAGUGUGGCCAAGAAGUGGGGGCCUGCCCGCAUGGUGGGCCUGGACAUUGACGGGCACCUCAUCCACUCGGCCCGGCAAAACAUCCGGCACUACCUCUCCGAGGAGCUCCACCAGCAGAAGCAGGAGAGCGACGAGGGUCCGAGCAGCACCGCGGCCAGAAAGACCUUCCCUGCCUCUCUGAUGGCCAGCCGGGGCCCCAUUGCUGCUCCGAGGGUCCCUCAGGAAGGGACGGAUGCCUCCGUGUUCCCCAACAAUGUCAUUUUCAUCAAGGGCAACUACGUUCUGGAGCGGGACGAGCUGUUGGAAGCGCAGCGGCCCGAGUAUGACGUGAUCCUGUGCCUGAGCCUCACCAAGUGGGUGCACCUCAACUGGGGGGACGAGGGCCUCAAGCGCCUCUUCAAGCGCAUCUACCGCCACCUGCGCCCCGGGGGCAUCCUGGUCCUAGAACCACAGGCCUGGUCCUCCUACAAGAAGAGGAAGAACCUCACGGAAACGAUAUCGAGGCAUUUCAACCGGAUCAAGCUGAAGCCAGACCAGUUCCCCUCUUACCUGACUUCCUCCGAAGUGGGUUUCUGCAGCUAUGAGCUGGUCGCCAUGCCCAGGAACACGCCAAAAGGUGAGCGGGGGGGAGGGCUUCCGGGGAAUGCACCGGAAAUACGUUUUGUAUUUCGUAAAUUGAGAUUUCAAGGUUUCAGUGGUAAUAUUAAACCUUAA